CACACAAACCUAAGACCUCAUUCCCAUCUUCACUUUCUUGCACACUCAUCUCUGGUCAUAUCUAUCACCCGUCCAAUCUUAAUCCAUCCUUCUUAUCUCUCCCUCACUCCCUCUCCUUUAUCUCUCCUUAAAAAUCGAAACUUUGAUCUCUCCUCUCUCUCUCUCCUUCCUCCUUGAAUCUCUCCUCUUUGUGGAGGGGUCUUCGUGGCAGCUCAGCUCAGAGGUUUGGCUUGGUGGUUUGUUGAUAAGUGAAAAUGAAUUAUUAUGGAUAUGAGCAAAAGAGCGCCAUGAUAGGAGGUUGUGAGGAAAGGGAGAGGAUGGUGGUGGUGGCGGAGUCUGUGGUUUGUCCGAAGCCAAGGAGAUUGGGACUUUUAAAUCCUCCUCUUAAUGAACAAAUCAGACCUCUAAGAUUGCCUGUCAAUCACCAUGCGGAGAUGGCAGAUUCGAAAGCCGGGGCAGAGCUGCUAGACAUAAUUCUUACUAAGGGAGGUUAUGGUGGGGACAAACCCGGUUUCCAGGUGGCAUCAUCACCACCAUUUUACUGUGGAUCUCCACCAUGUAGGGUAUCAAAUCCUGUAAUCCAAGAUGCUCGAUUUGGUAAUGAAAAAAUAACCCCAUUAUCUCCUGCGCCACCAUCCCCACCACCAUCCUCAUCAUCUGCACGUAAAGGAGGAGGUUGUGUCCGAAUGAAGUUUGGGCACACGCCAGCUGCAGUAAGGAUUGAAGGGUUUGAUUGUCUCCGCAGAGAUGGGCGAAACUGUAGCAUCUCCGCUGUGGCAUGAACAUUGAAUUGGUGAAACCUUCAAUGCAGCAAAUUUUUGAUUAUAUAAGAGGGGGAGAGAGCUAAUGGUAGUGUGUACUUGUACUGCUGGUGUUUUUUUGCGAGUGUAUAUAUAAUGUUAAUGGGUGUUCCAUGUUGAGGUUGUCGGUGUUCACUCUCAUAAUAUGUACAUUACAAUGAAGAUCAUGAGAGAAAAAUGUUUAAUUUUCGAAGGAAUAAAAGAAGAUGCAACUGUUUCUCUUUGUAUUA